AUGGAUAAACUACGGAAAUUAAUUGGUGAAGUUGAUACAGAAAAACGAGUUUCAAAUUCACUUAGUCCAAUUCGUGAUUGUUUGGGUCUUUUGGAAGCUCAAAUGAGAGAUUUACAUCAUGGUAUUAUUGAAAACCAUGCUCGACGUUCAAAACGAUGGAAAUAUAAAUUAGGAUUUGAAUGUCUUGCAUAUGAAAGUCGAUGGGAAGUUACACAUGAUAUUCGUGAUUUACAAGAAGCAUGUUUAGAUCCAAAUCGUUUUCUUGAAUCAUCAAUUGUUGAAUCUAUGGCAGGAUGUUCAUGUCCAAUAAUAAUUGAUUUUAUUGAGAGCGAUGUACGAUUGUGUGUAGAUGAUAUGAUAGAUGAAGUGACGUCAACAAUUGCAGUGAACUAA